AUGUACAACACACAGCUCCUGUUCUGCAUUGCGCUGAGUCUUGCACUUGUCAUAAGCAGUGUGCCUACUUCAACCCCUGCAGAGGAAGCACGGGAACAACUGCAGCAGGUACUGCUGGACCUACAGGUGCUUUUGAGAGGAGUCAAUAGUAACAAGAAUCCCAAACUGUCAAGGAUGCUCACAUUUAAAUUUUACACACCCAAGAGGGCUACAGAUUUGAGACAUCUUCAGUGCCUGGAAGAAGAACUCAAACCUCUGGAGGGAGUACUAAAUUUAGGUCAAAGCAAAACCUUCCACUUGAGAGACAGCAGAGAUUUAAUCAGCAAUAUCAAUGUUACAGUUCUGAAACUAAAGGGAUCGGAAACAUUCCUCUGUGACUAUGAAGAUAAGGCAGCAACCAUUGUAGAAUUUCUGAGCAGAUGGAUUACCUUUUGCCAAGGCAUCAUCUCAACACUUAUUUGA